GACAGCCCUCAGCCCCACGGGCGGGCGCAAAUCACCUCACCGAUGGAUAUCAUGACGAUGCAAGUUCCACUUAUCCACCGUAGACAACCACAUCAUUCCCAUGGUGGAGCUCCUGAAUAGUACAUAACAACUACGUUCCAUAAGUUCCGCAAGAUUUAACCGUGACCCUUUGCCCUCUACCAAAACUUUACCAUAUAUCGAUCACUUGCAAUCAAUAUGAAUCCUUUCCAGAGUAAUGAACAUCACCGUGAACGGAAUCGUAUACCUGCUCGCCGCAAAUUGCGCUUCUUUACUAGAGACAAGAACGCGGCACUUUCCAAUCCCAGGACAUCCAGACAAGGCAAGAAGCAUGCGAAGCAAGAACUUCGUCCCAUGGGAAGGGACAGGGAAACCCACCUACCAUUCAUGACUAAAGUGAAACGUGCCCUUGGUAUUCGCAGCUCGCCUCGUCAGAAGGGAGAGUCCAACAGGAGGCGGAAGCGGCGAUCGGCACUUGUGUAACUGCGGACAUAUCUUGUUGCGUUUGGUGGUGUAUAACAUGCAUUUCCUUCCAAUACAUAGACGACA